UCACGUGUGACCUACCAACCGGUCUCCCAGCAACCGGACUACAACUAAGGUCCCAGAGUCCAAGGCAGGAGCACUCGGGUUUGGGUUAGCGGAGACUGCAGGAGCCAUGGCGCAGAAACUGCUCAGCACCACGGCUGCAGAGCGCAUGAACCUUGUAGCCCAGGACGAGAUCUGGAAAUAUCGUCUGAAGGCCGAAAGUGAAGCCCGGCAAAACUGGCCAGCAAAGUGGGGAUAUUUAACAACUUCCAUGAAAGAGCUGCUCGAGGGUGAAGAAGAGCCACAAACCCCAAAGCCCAAGAUUGAGCUGCCCAGCCACUUCCGCGUCCAUCCAGUGAGCCCCAUGGACAAAUACAUCAAGAUUCUCCCGUCACCCCCAGUCCCAAAGACCACCCAGGGCUUCAUUGGAUGGCGAUCUGGGAUGCCAUCCCUGUACUGCUUGGAGAAGUACACAGAGAUCUGCAGCUGCAAAGGGGCUUAUGCCCGAGAGCUGUGCUGGCCUAAGCAAGGCGUACACUGAGCACAUCAGCGUCUGCCCCGGGCAGGGUGCGCACUGUGCCUGAGUGAGCAUCCCUGAUGCUUUGAGGAACAACAGUUUGCCGUGGGCAUUGCCAUUUGUUGGUGCUUCUAGCAUCUUUUGGCUAAAGUAAGGUAAAAUAGAUAGAUACCCUAG